AUGACCACGCCGAUCUCUACAUCCGAUCCGACCGCCACCACCGUCAAGCCCCGACGCGUGCUGGCAUGCGUGUUGUGUCAGCAACGCAAGAGCAAAUGUGACCGUAAAUUUCCCUGCGCAAACUGUGUCCGAGCCAACGUACAGUGUGAGCAAGCUGUCCGCCAGCGACGGCGCAGAUUUCCCGAGAGAGAAUUAUUGGCCCGUCUACGACUCUAUGAGAGUGUACUCCGGCAGCACAACAUCAAGUUCGAUCCUCUGCACACCCCAACCGCGGACCAUCGAUCUCCCAGUGACGAUGGCCGUGAUGAUCUACCAGAUGGAGCCGAGUCAGAGGGCACUCUCGGUGAUACCAAUGCGCUUCCGUCGAAAGAGAAGCCCGCAGUACAGCCCAAGGCAUUAAACCUCUGGCAUGCAAUGAGCCAAAAGGCUGUCAAUUCUGGAGACGAUGGCAAUGCCGGUGAGGACGACGAGAAUGACACCGGCUUCCUUCACGAUAACGAUGAUUUGCGGCAUGCUGUCAUCAAGAAGGCAUGGAAUCACAUGUUUCAAGGCCAAGGCAACGACCAUCUUCUAUUCGGUCCGCCGGUAGGCACAAUCGAUCUAUCCGCGUCACAUCCAAGCCAAGCACAUAUCUUCCGGCUCUGGCAAAUUUACCUGGACAACGUGAAUCCGCUGCUCAAAGUCACCCACACCCCCACUCUGCAGUCACGAAUCAUCGACGCUGUCAGUGAUAUCGCCAAUAUCAGCCCCACUCUAGAAGCCCUCAUGUUCAGCAUCUACUGCGUUUCCCUGAUGAGUCUCUCAGGCGAGCAAUGCAGGGCAAUGUUCGGGGCUGCGAGAAAAGAACUCUUGGCCAGCUAUCAAUUUGCGUGUCAGCAGGCGCUACGAAGGUGCGGUGUUCUACGCUCCAGCGACCGCGAGUGUCUGACUGCCCUAUAUCUGUACCUGGUUUCCAUUCGCUCGGAGACGGAUCCUGCCUCUCUGUCCUCGCUGCUGAGCAUCGCGAUCCGAAUUGCCCAGCGCAUGGGAAUCCACGUCGAGUCGAUGUACAGCAAAUGUUCCGUGCUAGAGGCAGAGAUGCGCCGUCGGCUAUGGUGGUCGCUCAUCAUCUUCGACAAUCGCAUCUGCGAGAUGUCCGACUACAAAACGGCAUCGCUGACGCCAACCUGGGACUGCAAGGUGCCUCUCAACGUGAACGACUUCGAGUUGCAGCCCGAGAUGAAAAUCCCACCCGUCGUCAACAACCGACCCACAGAGAUGUUGUUCGCAAUAGUGCGUAGCGAGCUCGCCGAUUUCGUGCGGCACAGUGCUUUCCAUCUCAAUUUCACAAACUCAUACCUAAACACGAUCGCCCCCCGUCCUCCCACCACCGACCUUACUGACGAGGCCGAGCGACUGGUCUCGCUAGAGAGAACUCUGGAGGAGAAAUAUCUGGCCUUCUGCAACUUGGAAAACCCACUUCACUUCAUGACUAUCUGGACUAUGCGAGGCUCGCUGGCCAAGAAUCGGCUCCUGCAACUUUACUCUCAGUCCUCAAACACCCCCACACCACCAACCGACGCCCAGCGCAACGCGGGAAUCGCCCAUGCGCUGCGCAUGCUCGAAUGUGACACGAAGCUCAUGACCGCGCCGCUCGCGCGACCCUACCUGUGGCUGUUGCACUUUCACUUCCCAUUCCCGGCUUACAUUCACUUGCUGCAAGAUCUGAAGAAGCGGCCCGUCGAGGACCAUGCCGAUCGUGCGUGGGAGGUCAUGAGUGACAACUACGAAGUGCGUAUCAUGGAUGUGAAACAGGACGAUCGGCCAUUCUACGUCGUUUUCUCGCAGAUUGUUUUUCAGGCGUGGGAGGCGCGCGAGAAGGUAGCGCGGCAGCUCGGGACGCCAUUUGUGCUACCAAGAAUGGUAGUGGAUAUUCGGAAGAAGUUAACCCACAUGACAACGAGUUUUGGGCAGGAGGCCGAUGCGGCGCAGUCGGAUGGAGAUGCGGGGGUGGAGAUCAAUGCCGAUGAUCUCGCCAUGCCCAUGUCCAUCGAUUUCAAUGUACUUGGAAUGGCGUACGGCGCUGGCGGGCAAGGCCCGACUAGCUCUGGACCGUGGGGGUAUCCCGAUCUACCUGGGCCUGGGUCUGUAAACGUGGAGGAUACGAAUCAAUUUCUGGUGAAUACCAUGGAGUGGAAUAGGCUGCAUGCUCACGGCAGGUGA